AUGGACCUGGCAAUAUCAAGGCUGGUGAGCAUCCUCUUUGCAAGGAAAGAGAUGAGAAUACUAAUGGCGGGUCUCGACGCUGCCGGAAAAACCACCAUCCUUUACAAGCUCAAACUUGGAGAGGUUGUCAGUACCAUACCCGCAAUUGGGUUUAAUGUGGAAACUGUUGAAUACAAAAAUGUAAGUUUCACUGUUUGGGAUGUAGGAGGACAAGACAAGAUUCGACCGCUAUGGAGACACUAUUUUCAGAAGACUCAGGGUCUCAUCUUUGUACUGGAUAGCAACGACAGGGACAGAGUUUCGGAAGCAAGAGAUGAGCUCCAUCGAAUGCUCAGUGAGGAUGAACUCCGUGAUGCGACACUGCUUGUAUUUGCCAACAAGCAAGAUCUUCCGAAUGCCAUGAAUGUUUCUGAGAUCACCGAUAAGCUUGGCCUGCAUUCACCACGCCAAGGCCGAUGGUACAUUCAAGCUGUUUGUGUCACCUCCGGCCAAAGACUAAUAUGA